UCAGAAUCCACCCAGACAACCUCACCUGUCCUGCCAACUGACAGCUUCAAACCCUGGACUUUUUUUUGCCGUGGAGCAGCAGCUCUGACCUUUGAACGACCAGCACGCCUUCUAAGGAACUCAGUCAACAAAAACACUGCCCCAAUAUCUGAAGGAAUAUGUGAAGAAAAUGGCCUCUCCAAAUGGAAACAGUUGGGAGGAAUGGGACCUGUCAGGACAGAAACUGAAGUCCCUUCCUCAUGAUCUUCUAGCACAUGCUAGAAAAGCGGAUUUGCAGAGGAACAAACUGAAACGGAUCACUGGCAUCUCCAGAUUCACCGAUCUGACGGAGCUUAAUCUCUCCAGGAACAAGAUAAUGGAGUUUUCUCAGGAAAUACACAACCUGCAUAAACUAGAAAAACUCUACAUGAACCAAAAUAACAUCAGAGCCAUCCCAGAGGGAAUCUUACCACAGCUUAGAAGGUUAAAGUUCCUAAAACUCAGCACCAAUCGCUUGACUAAGCUUCCUUCAGAUAUAAACCAGUGCACCAGUAUCACUUACCUGGACCUUUCCAAGAAUUGCCUGCAAAACAUCCAACCACUGGUUGGUCUCCCAAAACUGAAGGAGCUUUUGGUUGAGAAGAACCAACUGACUGAGCUCCCGUCCCAGCUCUUCCAGAAUGGUAGUUGUGAGUUGGUCACGUGUAAGGCCACAGGGAACCCCCUGAGGUGCCCACCGGAGGAGGUCUGUGCUGGAGGGGUCAUGGACAUCCAGAGCUAUUUCUGUCAAAUGGAGGAGAACCCAAACACACGCAGUGCCUGGACAGUCAAGACCAUGUUCCUGGGCUCCUCCAUGGCAGGGAAGUCCACACUAUGCCGCAGUCUAAAGGAAGGGAAGCCUGUGGUGGUUGCAAUGGAGGACCGGACAGAGGGGAUCGAGAUCACUCAGCUGUACACCCAGGGAGUCCGUUUCCUUUUCUGGGACUUUGCAGGGCAGGAGGAAUACUACCUGACACACCAUGUCUUCAUUACACCUCGGGCCCUUGUCAUCCUUACUUGUGAUUUAGCCAGCUACAGCACUGUGGACCCACAGUCUUUCAGAGACCAAGUGUGGUUCUGGAUGAACAACAUACAGUUGCGUGUGCCGGACUCAGUGGUCCUACUGGUGGGAACGCACUGCGACCAGUGCAGAGACCAGGAGGAGGUGAUGGAGAAGAAGAAGGAUAUCGAGGAGAAGGUCAGGAUCAUGUUGGCAAACAGGAAGAUGGUUUUAAAACACCAGAAGAAAAAUCUGGAAGAAAACAUGGACGCCUCUCUCUUCACGGACCAGCUGGACGAGCUGGACUGCCUUUUGGAAUACAAUCUGAAGGUUCUGGAUCUUGUAACCCUUGACUGCACAAAGACUGAGGAUAUUGAUAACCUCAGAAGUCAUAUUCUGAUGUGCAUUCAAACAGAGAACGAGUUUCUGUGUUCUGAGAGCAUCUUACCAAAAAGUUACGAGUCUGUGGAACAAGCCAUUCAUACACUUGUCGCACUACAACAAAUUCCCCAACAUGGUAUUAUUCUACUUGAAGAACUGGGUGAUUUAAUCCUAAACCAUGUUGAGCUGAGCAGAGAGAGUCUCUACUCCAUCUUGCGAUUCCUCAUGCGAUAUCUGCAUCGGAUUGGGGUGAUUGUUUGGUACGAAGACACCAGUGUACUCAGUGACAAGGUGUUUAUCCAGCCUUCAUUCCUCAUCUCAAUGUUCAAGACCAUUGUGAGACAUGACCUGGUGCAGCAGCUGGAGGGGGUACCCAGAGAACGUCUCAUGCAGGAGGGGGCUCUGGUGAAACAGAAGUUUACCUGGGUGGAUGACUUAAAGUGCAGAGGCACCUUGCACAAUGCAGCCAUGCGCAUCUUGGUCCGCAGAGAGUUAGAGAAGCUAAUCGAGGAUGAUGACGACUUGGUCAGAGAGGUGGUAGGAACCAGAAAGGAGGAAGGCAUAAUACUCGCCCUACUGCAGCAUUUUGAGGUUUGCCUCCCCGCUCUUGUUGGAAGUCAUCUCAACCCCCAAGCACCGGUGUUCAUUCCUGGUGAGAAGCAGUGGGAGUCAGCCAAGGAGGCCAAAAAAGACCCAGAUGGAGCCUGUCUCUUCCCCAUCUACCUAAAGGAUGACCUCAUAGUCUGCCACAAGUGGGGUGAGGACAAGCAAGAUGACCUCAGCAUUCACGUGUACUUCCUUCCAGAGAUUCCUCAUGGCUUCUUCCACAGAGUGAUCAUCAAGACGUGCUCCCUGUAUCCGACUUACUGGGCGGGGAGACAGCAGUGUCUCCUCUGCUCUGGAAACAGACUGGCUCUGGUGAGACAGAAGGAAAAAGAUGGCGAUCCAUUCAUAGAGAUACGCUGCAGGAGACCUGAGAAGGAUGAGGCGUUUCGGCAGUUGUGGGAUCUGAUCUUGGCGGUGAUGUCCAAGGUGUUUGUGUUGUCCAGGCAGUGGCCAGGACUGACUCAGCAGGUGCACACACCCUGUCCAGAGAAAGGCUGUCCACACUACUUCACCUGGCAGGACUGGCAGGAGCUCAACAACACUGACUUCUAUAACAUAGUGAAGGAGGAGAAGUUAGUUUGCCAGGGAGGACAUACACGACGGACGGAGCUGAUUUUUCCAAAAGUUCCUGUAUUGCAGUGAGGGGUCUGAUGAAAAUAACCUCAAAGGUGACAAACACAGCACAAUGAAGACGAGCGACUCCAAACCAGAGACGUCACAUUCUGCAGUCCCCACAGUUUGAAUGUGUCUUUGAGUGAAAACUGGAACAGGGUGUUAAUUUUGUCAUUGUUGUAAAAGCAAAUAAAUAUGAUUGAUGACA